ACACAAUUUAAAAAUGGGGGAGAACGUUCAGUGUCCAGUAUGCACAUUAUACCUGCAUGCAGGUAUGAAUCUCUCAGAUCAUUUAGAGACACAUCCAAAGGAGCAGGUGAUAAGAGCAUUAGUACAAAUGACCAUAUCUGGCGGUGGAGGAGGAGGUACAGCAGCAUUAGCAUCCAUGUUGAAGGGUACAAGUAGCAGUGCUGAGUCGAAGAAGGUGCCAACAGAACAGGAAGAUAAAUCUUUAACAUCGACUGAGAAAAUUAAUGAUUCGAAUAUAAUAAGCACCAGUAACAGCUGCAACGCAAGUAUAAGCAGUUCCGCAAGCAUUUGUUCGCUUUCCAACCAAAGUAGCAGCACAAGCCAGAAUUCAAACAACGUUUUAAAUUUUUCGAAUGCACACAUCACAGAAAAUAGUAGAAAUGAUUCCAUGGCUCCUUCUAAACCAGGUUUGAAAUUAGAAGAUUUAUCAGCCGUGAGUAAAGAACAAAUUGCAAAGGAAAGUGUUAAUGAAGUGUACGUUCAAACACAUCGGUCAUAUACAAACUCGAAUGAGAUUACAACAAACACCGAUCCAAAUUUCGGUAUAUUUGGGAAUCAUCGUUUUCAAAACCAACAGCGUUCUGCAGGGAGUCAGCAACAUCAGCAAAUGCCGCCUCCACCAGCUCCCCAUGGACAACACGCAGAUAUUUCACGCACAAUUUUACCACCGCCUCCACCUAUACCUCAGACAAUGUCAUCCCAGUCAAUACAAUCAGGAUUUCAAACAAUACAGACGCAGCAGUUGACGAAUUCUCAACAACAUCAUAAUUCCCACGCUCGGCAAACACAUAUUUAUGCUGCACAUCAUCAGCCCCCACCUCAGCAUCAACAAGAUAUGAAAGUCAUUUAUGCCUCAGGUCUACCACCUCCACCACCCCUGCAGCUUUUCAAUAACUAUCAACCACCAUCGCAAUUGCAACACCAUCAUCAGAAACCCCCACCGGCCUAUGGAACAGCCAUUAGUCAAAUCAGAUCUCAGAAUAAGCACCAAUUAAGUGGUCAGUUUGCUGGACAACAUCAACACACGUCUAUUACCGCAUAUACGGAUACAAUUCUGCAUCAGCAGCAUAAUUUACAUCAGCAGCAGGCAUCUUCACACCAACAACAUAUUAGAAUGCAUGGCAACGUACCGCCUCCACCUCCGCCAAUGGCCACAAAGCAUUUGUUUUCAAAAACAAAUGACAUUCCACCGACAACAUCUUCAGCUAUAUCGUCUCAAAAUACAUCAAGACAAACUAGUAAUGCCCAACAGCAACAUCAACAAGGAAAAUAUUUUUUAGCCUCGCAUCAGCAACAUCAGAACCAAGAACAAAUUAUUUUAACUGAAGAAAAUCCAAAUCAGUAUAACAAUUCUACUACGGCUAACGACAAACAAAAUAAAACGGUCAAAGCUUCUACAAUGACUUCUACUGCCUCGUCUGUACAAAUUGCUCAUUCUGUACAGACCCAUGUGGGCAUCUCACCAUCGGUAGCAUCUGCAUCAAUGGCUGCUGUUGCAGCUUCAACAUUAAGUCGUCCUACAAAUUCUCCAUUCGCGGCAUUAUUAGCUGCUGCAUCGCCUUCCACGUCAUCAUCUGUAUUAAGAUAUGCGGAAUCUCCAGUGGCCCAUUACCUAGAAAGGGAUAACGGUGAUUUUAUUGUCCAGGAAACACCAAAGCAUAUUGUUGAAUGUGUUGAAAAAGAUAACGGCGAGUUUUCAGUAAUUGAACGCAUAUACCAAUCUCCACCUAGUGUUUUACACAUUCACGACGAUGCCGAUGACGACGAAGAUGAUGACAAAGCAGAGAGUUCUGUAAAUGGAAAUAAUGCGAAUAGCUGUAAUAAUAAUGAAGUUAAUCAAGAAGAAUCGAAAGAAGACGUCAAUACAAAGGCGUGUCCGAAGAAAAAAUCGGAAAGUAGGAAAUCGAAGAGCGAAAACUCAACGUCAUCGGAUAAUGAGGUUGAAGAUUUUGUUAGUAUUUCGAGCGACAGCGACGAGGAGGAAUUUAUUUCACACGAAAAAAAUGGACAAUCGAACAAAAAUACCACCGAGAAGACAAAGAUAAAUGAACAAGCACCGCCGCCAAUUCCAUCAACUUCAGCAUCUGCGUCGCGUGCCCAACAUUCUCCAGUUAAUUCCGAAACACAUUCGGUUUCGGCAACCUCUAGUUCUAAUACAUCAAGUAAUUCGGCAGUACACCAAAAUAGUAACACCACACGCAAAAAAUCAUCAAAAAAUACUAUUACCGUUUUGAGCGACGUUCAGCUAAACUUGAAUGAGUAUUUAGAUUUGGUUGGUAAUAUUAUCGCUUCAAGCAAGGUCGCAGCACAGCGCAGAACUUUCACAGCCAUUGCACCCAUACCGUUAGUGAAAAUUGAAAAAGAGGAGCCGAUGGACGAAUAUGCCUCGACGACAGCUGAUACUGUAGAACAACACCCACUACCACCUACACCAUUGAAGGCCAACAAACAAGAGACUGAAGAUUUAACUGAUAAUCCUAGCUGUAGUAGUACAAGUAGUAAAUGCAAUAAUAUAAGCUUAGACGAUCAAACAGUACUGGAAAAGGAUGAAAAGAAGCCUCAGGUUUUAGAAAAUGUUCCAGAUAAUAAAUUAAAAUCAUCAUCAUUAAUACAAAACUCCAGUCAAGUUACCAGUGUUAUACGUAUGGCAACAACUAGUCUACAAAAUCCUCAGCAAACGAAACACAAUUCACAAGAGACCACGAAUAGAUCUAAUGAAAAUAUUUCAGAUUGUAAUACAAAUAUAACCGAGGCGGAAGAUUUAUCUCAACAUCAGAGGAAUGCACCUACAAGUGGACAGAAUAAAAAUAAUUCAUUAGGACUAAACGGAUUGGGACGCAAGGGGCCAAAAAAGCUUGUCAUUAAACCAAAAUCCUCAAAGCCCUCAUCCGCUGAAUCGAACAUGGACGAUCAACAACCAUCGACUUCUGCCAAAGCUCUAGAAGAAUAUAAUAAAAUAAUGAUGCGUACUCAAGAAAAAUCCGUCAGCGAGACUGAAGUUCAGGUGAAGAACGAACCCAUAGCUUCGAUAGCUUUUGAAUAUAAUCAGUGUCAACAACAAACUGGUUAUAGCAGUAUUUUGGAACAACAACUUACUUCUAAAGAGCCAAUUAUGUUGUGCAAACCGGAGAAGCCGUGCAUUCAAGAAACGAGUGUUUCGACAGCUAUAACCGAUAUGAAAGUUGAAAAUAACGUAAACGAGGACGCCCGAGUUCUUUAUGAUUUUGCAACAUCCAAAAAGGCGCUGACAACUGCAAAUACGCAAACAUUUCCAUCAUCGUCUUCGCUCUUUUCGAAGAAUCAGAGGAUAAACGAGGUGAACGCUGCAAAAAAUGUUGAUUCUGAUGGUAAAAACUUGCAUUCGGCAGCUGUGACUCAGCCGGCACACUCAUCGCACGUCGAAACUAUUGGCAAAAUCGAAGAAAAUAAUAAAACUUCCACGUCUACUUCUCACCACUCUCACCCGUCUAGCGAAAAUAAUGAUUGUUCUGAAAUAUUUCCAGAUUUUCCUUUUAACUAUCUCUGUAACAACAAUAAUAACAGCCACGUUUCAAAUGAUCAAACAGGGGACGUAAAGAAUUCAACACAGCAAAUGUGUGCAAUGUACUACAACUCUACUGGGAGCAACCAUACGGCAAGUUCAUCAAUGGUAUUAGAUGAUUCAUCUUCCAGCAAAAAUUAUUCAGAUUACAACCAACAGCAGACAGCUGCAACAACGAAUCAAAGUCAAUGGUACCAUAAUUACCAAACGACUGCAGAAGCAGGACCCUCAUCAAACCAACCAAAUGUACAUAUACCUGUUGCUGAAUGCAAUGCAGCAACAAAUGCAAAUGAAGUUGGAAAAUACUUGGACCUGGACGAAUGUAAGCGUGAACGAACUGCUGAGGCCGUUGCAGGAAGUUCUACGGGUAGUGAAAAAGCAAUUGUACCACCUCCGCCUCCCCCAUCAUCGUCAACAUCUUGCUCGUUCACGGAAAAUAGCAUGGCUGGUAUCUGCUCGACUGCAGGCACCCUAAAUAUACGUACUGAUGAAAAAAUGCCCGCUAAAGGCGAGAUUUCCGAGCAGGAAAGCAAUUGUGACAUUGAUAAUUCUUGGAGCCAACCGAUUUACGGAGACAUUUCAGCACGAUUCUUUAAAACCACUUUUCCCGGAAUUUUUCAACAGGAUAAUGGCUGGAACCACGAAGAAUACUUUACUGUUCAAGAUUUAAGCGCCUCCACGACUUCUCAAACGGACAGAACAAAAAGUUUUGAUUUCCGUCUACCUACGGAUGAUAGUGCAGUCGUGGCUGGGAACUGUGCGAGUAGCGGAUUAACCAUGUUCUCUCAAAAUUCCAAUGAUAAUUGCAAUAUGGAUGUUAUGCCCUCGACAUCAGCCAAAGUGAGAAAACGCAGAAAACGUAAUUCUCAAGAUGGAAAAACUUUGACAACUGGUUCAAGACGAUUACAGCCAACGUCAACCAUCACUUCGCAACAACUUAUGGAAGGACAUGUGGAAAUGCAGCCCAUGGAUUAUAAUAUUCCACAAGAGCCUUUACCCAGUACAUCCUCAGCGCUCUUGGCUGGACCAUCGACCGCUGAGGCACUCGAAGCAACACCUUCUUCGAAUGGAUCACAACAACAGCAGAGAAUUCGUACUAAAAUAUAUGAGUGCGGCCACUGUAAUGCCAAAUAUUCAAAACUUAAAGACCGAAAUGCUCAUUUAGUGGACGCUCACAAUUAUGUACGUCAAAACAGACGACUUGUGUGUUUAACUAAUGGAGUAGCCGUACCUAUGGCAGAUCCUGUUUCCAUUGCUACCACAAGUAGAGGAACCAAUGUGAUGGCAGUAGCAUCAGGUAUAAAUUCAGAUGGCGAUUUUAAGCAAGGCAUCAUAAAAAUCGAAAAUGAAAAUAUCCAACGCGACGCUGGUGCUUAUGAACAUAUCACUGCUGAUUUGAGUGCAAAAACUGAAUAUGUUGAGGACGAUAAGAAUAAUUUGUCUUUGGUACCAGUAAACCAUUGUCAAACAUUGUCAGUAACAACACCCUCCAAUAAAUUAACGACACUCUAUCGAAUGUUGGUUACAUACAACAUGACCACUCUCAAGCAAAGUCAAAGAAUGUCCGAGUUUGAUGAAACUCUUAUUAAAUCCUCCAUAUUCUUUUGCUAUGUUUGUCGUGAAAAUUUCAACUCUGUAAAGUUAUAUGAUGCUCAUUUAACUGAACAUCCAGCCGAGUGUUUUACCUGUGGAAAAAAAUUCCAAAGAUGGAAAAACUUCUCACUGCACUUGAAACGACACCUUGGAUGGAAAGAAUUCGGCUGUACUGUUUGUGAUAAAAAGUUCGUGGUGCGCAGCGCCUUGGUCGAGCAUAUGCGAAUGCACUCUGGUCUAUCGCCAUUAAAAUGUAAAAUCUGUGGUAAACACUUCAAACGGUACUCUAAUCUUACUCAGCAUCGUAAACGGCACACAAAACAGGUAGUACGUCGAAAGGAAUACGUAUGUUACUGUGGUGAGGUUUUACCCUCAAAAGCUCGAUUCUUGUGGCACAAGGAAACACACGAUUCGAAACCGAAAUGUUGUCCCCAUUGCUGCGACCGUUUUGUACACGUGAAUUCGCUCAGACGUCAUAUUCGUCUCGCACAUUCAGAUAAAUUCGAUUACACUGAGCCCAUGGAAUGUCCCAUUUGUAAACAAAUUUUCGCCAAAGCAUCCAUGAAGGCUCACAUGGCUACCCAUUCAACUGAGACCCAAUAUGAUUGUGCGAUUUGCAAUAAAUCAUUUUCCACCAAAUGGAAUUUAAAAAUUCAUUCGUGGGUGCACGCUAAUCGUACCGCCAAACCGUUUAAGUGUGAACACUGCCCCAAAGCAUUUGUGCGCGAAGUUGACUUCAAAAACCACAUGAACUCACACAAACAGAUCAAACCAUAUACCUGUGAAGUUUGCGGGUGCAAAUUUAUACGCAAGUACAAUUAUAUGCGUCACAGGCGAGAACACCAUGGGAAUAAAAAGUACACCUGUGAUUUGUGCAAGAAAUCUUUCCAUCGUCACUACUACCUAAUAGAACACAGACGAAUACACACUGGAGAAAGGCCAUUCCAAUGUACAAUUUGUGGCAAAAGUUCCACGACAAAAACAAAUCACAACAAACAUUUAAAAAUACACCAUUCGCGAGAUCCUUUUACGGUAGAAGUCUAA